AUGGGACAUUUGCGCGCCACGUUUACUCUAAAUGAUAAUACGCAUCCACAGAGAUGUCGUACAGUGCGUACAGAAGAAGUCAUUGCUGCUGUAGAGCGUAGCGUAGAGGAAGACCCGAAUCAGUCUAUCCGCCAUCGUGCACAGGAAUUGGAUAUGUGUCCAUCCACUUUAUGGAAGAUUUUGCGGAAAGAUCUUGGUUUGCGUGCUUGCAAAAUCCAACUCGUGCAAGAAUUAAAGCCUCGCGAUCACUUAGCAAGGCGUAGAUUCGGUGAAUGGGCCCAAAAUAAGAUUGCCGACGAUCCCAAUUUUCAUAAGCGAAUUUUGUUUAGCGAUGAAGCUCACUUUUGUUUGAAUGGAUAUGUCAAUAAACAAAACUUUCGUAUUUGGAGUGAUGAUAAUCCUCAAGUAAGUUGUGGUUUCAACAAGAUGGCGCAACAUGUCACACAGCUCGUGCUACAAUUGAUUUAUUGA